AUGGACACAGCUGUUUAUGAGUUAUCUAAACAUCCUGCAUAUGGAACACCGAUUGACGGUGGCGAAGAACCAACAGAGAAUAUAUGGAAAAAAUGUGCUGAAGAAUUUGAAAAUAGAUGGGGAUUUCCCAAUUGCAUUGGCAGCGUGGACGGUAAACAUGUAACAAUCAAGAGACCUAACAACAGUGGCUCCAAUUACUGGUGCUAUUUACAUAAAUAUUCAAUAGUACUUAUGGCCAUUGUUGGCCCGGACUAUAAAUUUAUAUGUGUUGAUAUUGGUGGUUUCGGAAAAAAUAGUGAUGAAGGUAUUUUCGAAACCUCAAACAUGGGAAAACGAUUUGAACAAAAUUUAAUGAGUGUCCCUGCACCUAGAUUUCUCCCUGGGCAAAAUGAAAUCUGCUCGUACGUCUUAAUUGGUGAUAAAGCAUUUGCUUUAAAACCAUACCUUAUGAGACCAUUUCCUUAUAAGCAGACUUUAACAGACGUCAGAAAAGAGAAAUACAAUGUAAGACUUUGUCGAGCUAGAGGGGUCGUGGAAAAUGCGUUUCAUAUUUUGUCUCAAAAAUGGCGAAUAUUUUACAGGCCAUUAGAAACUAAAGUAGAUACUACUAUUCUCAUUGUACGUACGGCAUGUGUUUUACACAAUUUUUUACGAAGUAAAAGUGGCGAUGACAAAUAUUUUCAAUUCUUAGAACCCCCAGAACCCGUGCUUGAAGCUUUUACUGAUAUAGCAAAUGAUCCUCGGCGGGCAGCAAGGCUAGCAUUUUCUACUCGUGACAAAUUCGUAAAUUAUUUUAAUUCUGAUAUGCCUAUGCCCAAUAUAUAG